GGAUUCAGUGUAGCAGAGCUUGUGCUGUGUGCUGUAUGCUGUGCGCUCUGCGCUCUCCCUCUUCUCUCCGCUAAAGCUGGAUUAUUCUUCUUCUUCCCUGCAGGAAUGGCUCCUGACACCAUGCAACCAUAAGGAUACGCUCCCCCCUGCAGCCAGCCAUCCCUCGGAUUCCUUCUCCAUAGAAGCUGGUGACUUUGCUGACUUUCUGAGCCUCCGUCUCUCUGCGUCUCGCUCGCCUUGUGCAAGAUGUUCAGCUCUUCUCUCCAUCAGCAUCAGGUCUUUGAUUAAAGGUGAACCCGGCUCUUCACAGUGAUGCACAAAGUGUUUGGAAGACGUUCAGCUGCUUUAUACUUCGAUCACCCUUGUGAUGAGCCCAACCGAGGGAAGUUUAACCAGUUAUAGCAAACAUCCAAUCACGUAGUGCUAUUCCAGUGUAUAGGACCAAUCCAAGCGAUGCUUCUGUGAGACUGAUAUAGGGUGAACAGAGAAGAAAUCCAGAGGCAGGAUGUCUCCCAGUCAUGACCAGGCUCCGGGCCUCUGCCCCUGGCCAAAUGUGCAGAAAUACUUGCUGCUUAUGGCUCUACUAAUGCCUCCUGUAAGAGCUGAUCUGGGGGAAAAAGAAGGCAAACAUUUCUUCUGGAAGUCAGGUCCAUGGGGUCAAUGCGUAGGUGAAUGCGGACCAAGUGGGCUUCAGAGUCGGUCGGUUUGGUGUGUCCAUGGGGACAGUUGGGUUACCCACAUCUCAAACUGUAACCCAGAGGAGGAACCAGCAAGCCAACAGAACUGCUUUAAAAUUUGCAGCUGGCACAGAGAACUCUACGAGUGGGAGACUACAGAAUGGGACCAGUGCGUUCUUGUACCUUAUCCGCACGCUGGGGUUAAAUCGAGAACCUCGGAAUGUGUCACAGCCCAACGUGGACUACAGCACAGACAAGUGAAUUGUGUCCACAAGAACAAUAGAUCCAUAACAUCUGAAGAAAUCUGCGAGUACUUUACUCCACGACCUACAGAAGAACAAUCGUGUCUGGUACCAUGCCCACAGGAUUGUAUUUUAUCGGAAUUCUCACCAUGGUCUACGUGCAGUAAAAACUGUGGGAAACAUCUUCAGCACAGGACUCGCUUUGUCAUUUCUCCAUCUUUGUAUGGUGGCUCAGACUGCCCAAAUCUCACAGAAUGGAGGCCUUGUGCAUUCUAUGGGUUCUGCUCCUUUGGGGAAGAAGAACAUGUGUACAGUCUUAAGGUUGGACCUUGGAGCGAGUGUAGGUUGCCUCAUCUGAAGGAAAUAAGUUUUAGUGGAAGGACCAUGUUGGAUUUUGGCUCAGAUUCUGGUGAAAGAAGUACUUUUAAGCAGGAGAGCCAUCUAUCACAAGAAAGAUUCGAUAGAUGGGAUGCAGAGAUUGGUUACCAAACGCGCCAAGUACAGUGUAUGCGCAGUGACGGAAAGAGUGCUCUGCUAAGUAUCUGCACCCAGGACAAUUUGCCCCUACAUUACCAAUCUUGUAUUAUGCCAAAAGACUGCGAAGUGUCAGAAUGGGGUGACUGGACUUCCUGUUCUAAGACGUGUCAGCUGGGAGGAACCGCGCUUGGACUUCGCAGUAGAAGGAGGAUUGUUAAACGUAUGGCCAUUGGAGAGGGCAAGCCAUGUCCAGAGCUCGAAGAGACGGAGGCUUGUAAUAUCGGACGCCAGUCACCAUGUCUUGGGUUUUCCUGGAAGACCUCUGAGUGGACGGACUGCCAAGUUUCCCUGCUUACUAACCAGGACAACGUUCCCUUAGCAGAGGAGCAGGUUCAAUGCGGAGGUGGAAUACAGACCCGCAAAGUGUUUUGUGCUCAAACUGUCAUAGAAUCUGGGCCACAUGGACAAAAAGAAGUCUACAGGCCAGUAGAUCCCGAGUUUUGUGAAGGACCACCACCAUCCACUACUCAGCUCUGCAACGUCCAAUGUCUUACCGACUGUCUGCUGUCUCCAUGGACUGACUGGGGAACUUGUAUCCACGAAAACUGCCAGGAUCCUCAUGGGAGGAAAGGUUUCAAAUUUCGAAGAAGACAUGUUUUACUGAAGUCAGAAAACAAUGAAAGGAGCUGUCCGCAUUUGGUGGAAUCGGUUCCUUGUGAUGAUCCCGUGUGUUAUAAGUGGGCCAUAUCAGGGGAGCUACACUGCGUUCCUGAGAAUGGGGACUGCGGCCAUGGAAGGUACCACAUAAACAGCACCUGCAGGGGGCAGAAUGGGAAAGCUGUCUCUGCAGAGCUGUGUGUGGAUGAGCCCCCUGUCCAGUUGGUGUGUAAAGUCCCCUGCAGUCUGGAUUGCGUCAUUAGUGAAUGGUCCGACUGGUCGCUGUGUUCCCGUUCCUGUUCCACAAAGAAUGCCGAGGGGAAGCAGAGCAGGACCAGAUCAAUCCUGGCUUAUCCUGGAGAAGGAGGGAAGCCUUGCCCUUCCAGCCAAGCUCUGUAUGAGUACCGGCUAUGCAACGAUCAUCCCUGCACCGCAUUCUACUGGGAGGCGUCACCAUGGGAACCAUGUACUGGGGAGUCACAGAUACUGAACAAAAGUCUCAGCAAGAAGGACACGUGUGGUAUCGGACUUCAAUCCCGGAAAGCAUUCUGCAUAAAAAGCAACACUGGACAAGUCGCAAGCAAAAGGUGCCCAGAAUCUACCAAACCCGACACCAGCCAGCCAUGUCCUCUGCCCUGCACUAGAGACUGCGUUGUCACCCUUUUCAGUGAGUGGACUCCGUGCCCAAAUACCUGCCAGCCUGGGAACAGCUCUGUGGUUAAACAGACCAGAUACAGAAUCAUCAUACAGGAGGCCCUUAACGGGGGUCAGCACUGUCCAGACACCUUAUAUGAAGAGCGAGAAUGUGAGGAUGUCCCUAACUGUCUUCUGUUCAGGUGGAAACCUCAAGACUGGAGUCAGUGCGUCCUUGUGCCAGACUACGUGAGACAGAGCAUAGCGGGAGGCGCCGAAUCCUGCGGGCCGGGGAUACAAUUCAGAGAGAUGAUCUGUGUUACCACUGGUGAUCGUUCAGUAGAUGUGACUGAGUGUAUCAGAUGGGCCGGUCCUGCUCCUCCCACAAUGCAGGAGUGUACGGUGCCCUGCAGAGAGGAUUGCACAUUCACUCCUUGGUCUAAGUUCACCACCUGCUCCGCAGACUGCAUUUCAUAUAGGAUAAGGAGGAGAUCCCUGGCCGGGAGAAGCAAGAAGCGAGACAGAUGUCAGAACAGCGAGCUUUAUCCGUUAGCGGAGACUGAGGCGUGCGCCUGUGAAGUAUAUAAAUCUCAGCCGUAUGGAAAUUGGUCGGACUGCAUAAUUCGGGAUGGAAGAAAUGAAAUGCAGCUGGGAGUGAGAACUCGCAGAGACAUGAAAGGAUGCGGGGAAGGCGUUCGACUGCGUGCAAUCGCCUGUUAUGACUUAACUGGCAGGAUUGUAGAGCCCGGUCUCUGCAGUCAUUCUGGUUACAUUGAAGAAAGGUGUGAAGUAUCCUGCCCGUUUGAUUGUAAGCUGAGCGAUUGGUCCAAUUGGUCUUCCUGCAGUGCCUCCUGUGGGACUGGAGUCAAGGUUCGAUCCAAGUUCCUCAAAGAAAAACCUUAUAAUGGAGGACGCCCAUGUCCAAAGCUUGACCUAAAAAAUCAGGUGUACGAGGUAGUCCCUUGUUAUACGGAAUGCAAUCAGUACUUGUGGGUGUCUGAGCCGUGGUCCGCCUGCAAGCUGCACAGCGAGGGGAAGACCGCCGGCUGCGGGCUCGGAAUACAAAUCAGAAGAGUGCGGUGUGUGAAUAUAUCGGACAGUGCCGAAGACGCUUUUGUAAAUGGCACAUAUUGCAGUCACCCGGAGACGCCUUCCACAAGACAAAACUGCUCACUUUCCUGCCUUGGAGAAUGUGCGAUGUCCAACUGGGGACCGUGGAGCCACUGCACAAAGUCGUGUGACUCUUCUUCGGUGCGGUCAAGGACAAGAUUUCCUCUGAGGAUUCCCGCGAAUGGGAAGACGUGUCCCGAGGCUUCUCAGACCGAGCCGUGCGUCCUGAACACCAACUGCUUCCACUAUGACUAUAAUGUCACAGAGUGGAGCGCUUGUCAGCUCGGUGAAAAGGCUGUGUGCGGGGAAGGAAUAAAAACUCGGCUUUUAGACUGCACCCGCAGCGAUGGAAAAUCUGUGAAAAUUUCCUUUUGUGAACAGUUGGGGUUAAAGAAGCCUGAAAAGAUGACUCUUCGCUGCCUUGUGGAAUGCACAAUCGAUUGCCAUGUCACGGACUGGUCGGCUUGGUCUUCUUGUUCGCAGUCUUGUGGGACUGGAGGCCAUCAGGCACGUUCCCGACACAUUAUAAUGCAAGCAGAAGGAGAUGGGAGACCAUGUCGCUCUUCACACCAACACAAGGGAUGCCCAGUUUCCCCCUGCUAUGUGUGGAGGUUUGGAGAGUGGGCAACGUGUAAAGUAGAGAACGGGCAGUGUGGAGAAGGAACGAAGUCUCGGAAUCUCACGUGUAUAGUGCACGAUGGUUCCACCUCCGGUGCAGAAAAGCAAGUAGACCCCAAAUUGUGUGGCCGGUUACCUGGAGAGGAAAGUCCACUUAGUCUACCCUGCUACGUACCGUGUCCAGGUGAUUGUCAUCUUGCUGAAUGGUCCCAGUGGAGCUCUUGUGAGGUCACGUGCAUUGAUGGGCGCAGUUUUGAAACCUUCGGACUCCAGACAAGGUCGAAAACAUUCAUUGUGCAGUCAAUAGAGAAUCAGGAGGAAUGUCCAAAGCCAGUCAUCGAGACCAGGCCCUGCACAGGAGGCAAGUGUUUCCGAUACGUAUGGAAAAUGAGUCCAUGGAAGGAUAACAAGAGGACGGUUUGGUGUCAGCGAUCCGAUGGAACAAAUGUCACAGGUGGCUGCUCUCCAAACUCUCGCCCCGCUGCAGCUCGGCACUGCGACCCGCCAUGCAGAAAACCAUUUUCUUACUGUAUGCAGAGCGGAGUGUGUGGUUGCGAAGACGGGUACACACAGAUCAUGCGGUCUAGCGGCGUUCUGGACUACUGCGUGAGGGUUCCAGGCAGUGAAUCCAAGAAGGCAGACGUGAAAACUUUCAUUGGAAGGAGCAAACCUGUAGACUCCAAUCUUCCUGAGAUUUUCAACUGGUCUUUUCAGUUAUUUGACCAAGAUGGUCGGUUGAGUCUUUGGGUCUAUGUUAUGUGUGCAGGGAGUUUUCUUAUCCUGGUUAUCCUAAUCAUCAUCUCUUACCUGGUCUGCAAAAAGCCAAAAGUCCCAAAAAGCCCAUUUCCCCAGCAGAAGCCGCUCACCUUGGCGUACGACGGAGAUUUCGACAUGUAAAUUCAAAGCUACAACUCAGAAUUGAAAGAAAAAUCAGCUGCCUUAACCCCUCUCCAGUACGAAAAUCACCUCUCCCCGAAUUUCUACCGGGAGGAUAAAACCACCACCGGCGUUCUUUUACCGAAGAUUAGACUUUCAUUGAUGGUCCAACCUUUUACCUCUUCCAUGGCGCCACCUUCCCGAAGCUCAUGUCCGUUCUUCAGAGCAGAGCUUUGGCUGCAGGCAGUUAUCACAUCCUGAUAUCUUAUCUCAUGGAAUGCGUCAGCCAACCCACCCGGGUUUAUCGCUGUGUUGUGGAUUUCAGACCUUGGAGAUCUCUUACCGAAUCCUGAUUCAUCGUCUCAUUGGACAAUCCCCCCCCCCCCCAGACUUGAUGAACAAUUGGUGGUGAUCGGAGGGUAAUAAUAUCUCCUUUCUGUGUAAUUGAUUAUUGUGGGCGUGGCUUCCCGGACCAGGAUCAGAAGGCGGUUCUAUGAAGUUGUAUAUUUUCUUGUAUAUAUUUGAACUGUUACCAUUUGCACACCUGCAGAAUCCGUUUUUUCUACAUAAAAUUUUGUGAUAUAUUUAUAACCCAACUUUUGUAUCUAAUGUACAAAUCGGUCACGUCAAUACACCUUUACCAGGGAAGCCUUCCGCUAACUACGCCUAAAAGACUGGAAACCAUUAUUGCCAAUAAAAGUGGGAAAUGUUGAUGUGGC